AUGAGGUGUUACCUCUGGGGGAAGAUUGAACAUUUGACUUAUAAUUGCAAGCAUAAGGAAGUUAUAUGCUUCAAUUGUGGAGAAGAAGGAUAUAUCAGUCCUAACUGUGAAAAGCCGAAGAGGGCACCAGGAAGUGGGAAAGUGUUCGCAUCAGCUGGAACUCAGACGAGCACUGGAGAUGGACUCAUUAGAGGUACAUGCUUCAUUAAUAGUACCCCUCUAAUUACUAUUAUUGACACUGGUGCCACUCAUUGUUUUAUUGCUGCUGAUUGUGUUGAAAGAUUGAAACUUAUGUUGUCUGCUAUGAAUGGAGAGAUGGUUGUCGACCUUCUAGCUAAGAGGUUGGUAACUACUUCCCUUGCAUGUUUAAAGUUUCCUUUGUCGAUCUUUGACAGAGAAUUUGUUGUUGAUCUAGUUUGUUUGCCUUUAAGGGGAUUAGAUGUGAUUUUAGGUAUGAAUUAG